CCACCACUUCCCCCUAAAAAAGGAAACCACGCGAUGGAUUUCGAAGCUGAAGAGGACCUCAACGGUCUCCGUCUACCAUGGAACGUGUUCCCAAACACGCGUGCCGAGGCCAAUAGGCUUGUUGUGCCGCUCGGUGCCCUCUACACUCCGUUGAAGGAGAUCCAGGGCCUGAACAUCGCCAACUACGAUCCGAUUGCGUGUUCGCAACCGAACUGUCGCACGAUCCUAAACCCGUACUCUGGUCUUGAUCUGCGCUCGAGAAUGUGGAUGUGUCCAUGCUGUGGGAACAGAAACCAGCUGCCAAACCACUACUCGACAAUCACGCCUGAUAACCUUCCGUUGGAGUUGCAACAGGAGAAUGCCACGAUGGAGUACAUCUUGAGCAGACCUGUUCAGCAGCCUCCGAUCUUCCUGUUUGUUGUCGAUCUGUGCCAGGACGAGGACAACCUGGAGGCGUUGAAGGAGACCUUGGUGAUUGCGCUGAGUUUGCUCCCUCCUAAUGCGCUUGUUGGUUUGAUCACCUUUGGUGCAAUGGUGCAAUUGCACGAUCUGAGCAGUCCGUUCCCAAAGUCGUUUGUCUUUAGAGGUAACAAGGACUACACGUUGGAGAGCUUGAAGAAACUGCUCGGUGAGCACUUCAUCAAGGCCUUUUCACCUUUGUCAAACGUUGAAUUCCAACUCACUUCAAUCAUUGAGAACUUGAAAAAGGACCCAUGGCCAAUUGCAUCUGCAAAGAGAGCGCUCAGAGCUACAGGUGCAGCAUUGUCCAUCGCAGUGAACUUGUGUGAGGGUAGUUACACUGGAUUCGGUGCAAGAAUCCAACUCUUUGCCUCUGGUCCUUGUACCUUGUCCCCUGGUUUGAUCGUUUCAAACGAAUUGAAAGAGCCAAUUAGAUCUCAUUCUGAUAUUGACAAGGACUCUGCAAAGCACUAUAAGAAGGCGAUCAAGUUCUACGAUGAUUUGGCAGUUAGAGCUGCCACUAAUGGCCAUGCAGUUGAUAUCUUUGCCGGUUGUUAUGACCAAGUUGGUAUCUCUGAAAUGCAAUCCUUGUCAAACAAGACUGGUGGUGUGUUACUCUUGACAGAUGCAUUCACAACCUCCAUCUUCAAGCAAUCUUACCUCAGAUUGUUCUCCAAGGAUGAAGAAGGUUUCUUGUUGAUGGGCUUCAAUGCUACGUUGGACGUUAAGACUUCGAAGGAAUUGAAGGUUGCUGGGCUGAUUGGACAUGCCAGUGCUAUCACCAAGACUGGUUCAAACAUUGCGGAUACUGAGAUUGGUAUUGGUGGCACCUCAUCUUGGAAGAUGCCAGCAACUUCUCCAUAUCAUACCUAUUCGGUGUUCUUCGAAUUGGCCAAUCAAGUGAGUGCUCCACACGCUUACGUCCAAUUUAUCACCCACUACCAGCACGCCUCCGGUACCUAUAGAGUUAGAGUCACCACGUUUGCUAAGCCAUUGGUUGGUACUGGUGAUGUCAACAUUGGUGGAGGGUUCGACCAAGAAGCUGCUGCUGUUGUCAUGUCCCGUAUUGCCACGUUUAAGGCAGAAGACGACGAUUCCGCAGACGUCAUCAGAUGGGUUGAUAGAAUGCUCAUCAAACUGUGUGCCAAGUUUGCUGAUUACAUGCGUGAUGAUCCAAACUCUUUCAGAUUAUCACCAAACUUCACACUGUACCCACAGUUUAUGUUUUAUUUGAGAAGAUCUCAGUUCUUGCAGGUUUUCAACAACUCUCCAGAUGAGACUGCAUUCUACAGACACGUGUUGACGAGAGAGGACACCACCAACUCCUUGAUUAUGAUCCAACCAACAUUGACAUCGUUCUCAAUGGAUGGUGAGCCAACUCCAGUUCUCUUGGACUCCAUCUCCAUUCAGCCGGAUAAGAUCUUGCUUUUGGACACGUUCUUCCAUAUCUUAAUCUACCACGGUGAGACUGUUGCGUCUUGGAGAAACCAAGGUUACCAAGAUGAUCCAGAGUACGCAUCUUUCAAAGAGUUCUUGGAGGAACCUAAGCGUGAAGCUGCGGAAUUGUUGGUUGAUAGAUUCCCAUUGCCUAGAUUCAUCGACACUGAAGAAGGUGGUUCUCAGGCAAGAUUCUUGUACUCUAAGUUGAACCCUUCAACCUCGUACAACAAUGAAGCAAUGGGUCUCAGCACCGGAGGUGGUGUUGUCCUCACGGAUGACGUUUCACUUCAAAUGUUUAUGGAACAUUUGCAAAAAUUGGCCGUUAGUGGUAACACCUAGAUAAUCAGAGGAAGAAGAGGAUCACAAGAGAAGGCACUUUUGGCCUUGUCCAUUAUUACAUUUGUAACUACUUUUAUCAUGAUGCA